AUGGUCAGCAUGCAUACAAACAACGAGCAGGAUCCUGAUGAGCUCAGGGAAGAACGUGGUAGGGCACACGGCAGGAGGGGGUCCAAGAUCGAUCCAGAUGCAAUGGAGCAACACUGUGCCUGCCCAGCCUUAUCCGCCGCCGCCCCUCAGCCCUCACAUCCCUGUCCGCGCCCGUCGCCGCCAGCCGCCCUCCCCGUGCUCGCUGCAGCGCGGGCCGCCUCCCCUCACUCGGCGCUGCGCUCGCCCCCGCUCCUUGCGCCUCGCCGCGCUGGCCAACGCCGGCCGCCCCUCCCUGCACCGAGGAGGCUCGCCGCCGGGGCCCCGCCUCCCCUCUCCCCCGGCUGCGCAGGGAGCUCGCGGGCGCCCCAGGCUCCCUUCCCCGUCCUAGCUGCUUCUGUCCCCCAAAUCUCCACAGCAGCAGCUCAAAUCCAUAUCCUGGUGGCGCAUGGAUUAGAGCGGCCCAGAUGGUGGUGUGAUGGCGGGGCCGCAGCCUGCGGAUGGGUCAGCAUAGGGCUAUGGUGCAUGCAGCGGUCUGCAGUGCGAUGGCGUGGGGCUGCAACUUAUGCGGUGCGGCGGUGGCCUGCUGACUGCGAGGCAAUGGGUCCCAAAGCAUCCCCGUCCUUAUCACUUGCUGUGAGCAGCCAUGUCCGUGUAGGAAGUGUUGGGCAGUCUUUGACUUCAGUCUCUGGAAAGUGGUUCUCCACAUAACAUGGUGGGUGUACUCUAAUGUUGGCAAGCCAUUGCUUUUGGUUUUUUAGUUGCUAGAAUGGUUGUGUGCACAAACCUUAGUAUGUUUAACACAAAAUACUAGUAUUGCUUGCUAGGAGUGUAUUUAUGUAAUCUUUUGGAGGGAAGCUUCUUUGCAUUUGCAAAAUAAGUCAAGGGAAAGGAUUACUAAAA